AACGGCUUCGCCUGCAUGAUGCUGGCUGACCUCUUUGAGCUGGGGCAGUUUCUCUUUGUGGUCACCUUCACCACCUUCCUGCUCUGCUGUGUGGACUACGAUGUCCUCUUCGCCAACCGUCCGCUCAACCACAGCCAGGCGGGCACCGACCGUGCCAAGGUGACACUACCCGACGCUGUCCUGCCUGCCCCACAGUGUGCCCAGAGGAUCCGUGCCAGCGGCUGGAUCAUCUUCCUGCUGGUGAUGGCAGCAGUCUUCUGGCUGUACCGGCUGGUGAAGGUCCUCUGCAGUGUGCUGGGCUACUGGGAGAUCCGCAGCUUCUACAUCAAGGCCCUCAACAUCCCCUCGGAUGCGCUGUGUAACCAGAGCUGGCAGGAGGUGCAGGCACGGCUGAUGGCCCUGCAGCGCCGGCAGCAGCUGUGCGUGCACAAGAAGGAGUUGACGGAGCUGGACAUCCACCACCGCAUCCUGCGCUUCCAGAACUACACCGUGGCCAUGGUCAACAAGUCCCUGCUGCCCAUCCGCUUCCACCUGCCGCUGCUGGGCACCGUGGUCUUCCUCACACAGGGCCUGCAGUACAACCUGGAGCUGCUGUUGUUCCGUGGCCCCGGUGCCCUCUUCCAGAACGCCUGGAGCCUGCGCCCUCAGUGCAAGCGGGCGGGUGCCCGGCGGGAGCUGGCACAGCGCUUGGCACGGGACAUGGUGCUGCUGGGGGUGGCCAACCUGCUUCUGUGCCCCUGCGUGCUGCUCUGGCAGCUGCUCUACGCCUUCUUCAGCUACGCCGAGGGCAUCAAGCGGGAGCCGGGCAGCCUGGGGGCUCGCCGCUGGUCGCUCUACGGCCGCCACUACCUGCGGCACUUCAACGAACUCAGCCACGAGCUGCGGGCGCGGCUGAGCCGCGGCUAUAAACCGGCCACCAACUACAUGAACUCCUUCAGCAGCCCUCUGCUGGCCGUGCUGGCCAAGAACGUCGGCUUCUUCGCCGGCUCCAUCCUGGCCGUCCUCAUUGCCCUCACCGUCUAUGAUGAGGAUGUGCUGACGGUGCAGCACAUCCUGACUGCCCUCACCCUGCUGGGGCUGGUGGUCACCGUGGCCAGGUCCUUCAUCCCUGACGAGCACACGGUAUGGUGCCCAGAGCAGCUCCUGCAGCGGGUCCUGGCCCAUGUCCACUACAUGCCUGACCACUGGCAGGGCAAUGCCAGCCGGGCAGAGACGCGCAGUGAGAUGGCUCAGCUCUUCCAGUACAAGGCGGUCUUCAUCCUGGAGGAGCUGCUGAGCCCCAUCAUCACCCCCCUCAUCCUCAUCUUCGCGCUGCCCCCCCGCGCCCUCGACAUCAUCGACUUCUUCCGCAACUUCACGGUGGAGGUGGUGGGGGUGGGGGACAUCUGCUCCUUUGCCCAGCUUGAUGUCCGCAGCCACGGCAACCCCCAGUGGCUGUCGGCAGGGCACACAGAGGCCUCAGCAUACCGGCAGGCAGAGGAUGGCAAGACAGAGCUGUCACUGAUGCGCUUCGCCAUCACCCACCCGCGCUGGCAGCCACCACGGCCCAGUGAGCUCUUCCUGAGCCACCUCAAGGAGCAGGUCCAGCGGGACGCUGGCACCGUGCCGCCAGCCCGCCACCUCCUGUCUGAGGGGCCUCUAGCCACCUCGCUGCUCUCCGACGACUCGACUGUCACACCGGAUGGGCUGGUGGCCAGCGUCUUGUCACGGCCCAUCCUCUCUGCCAGCGGACUGGUGACACGGGAGCGACGCUUGUCCCUGCCCUGCAGCACUGCCAGUGCCGCUGCCAGUGUCCUGCUGUCCCUGGCAUCCCCCCUGCCCGGCUGGGUGAGGGGCAAUGCUGGUGACAGCCCCACCGGCCACCCGCUGCAUCCUGAGGAGAGCUGUGCCCACAGCCUGCUCCUGAGCCGCUCAGCACUGCUCUCCGAGGUGGCCUCGGCGGAGAUGAGCCUCCACGCCAUCUACCUGCACGAGCUCCACCAGCAGCAGCAGCAGGGCCCUGGCCCCCAGGCCGUUGGGGUCUGGAUGUCCUCGGGAGCACCCAAACCCCCCUCCAUGACAGCAGGCUCAGCUGCCCGGGCAUCACAGGCUCAGCUCCGAGAGAUGCCCCUGGGCGGCUGGGCAGAGGAGGAGGAAGAAGAGGAGGAGGAGGAAGAAGAGAAGGAAGAACAAAGGACAGGCUAGCAGCUGCAGCUGCCAUGGGGCCCUGGAUGUGCCAAGAGCUCCUGGUCACAGUUCCGGGAGAGCUGCUGGGAGGUGCUGGCCGGCACUAGGCACUGCCAGGGGGACUCGCCAGUGCCCGGGGGUCAUGAUGUGGGGCUGUCCCGCUGGCCGUGCCUUCCUGGGCACCCCACUUGGCAUGAGGCCUUGCUGGUGGCCCCAUCUUGGUGAGGGGCUGGGGGUGCUUCUGGGGGCAGCCACCCCCCACAAGGUGCUGUACUUAUGGGGGACAUGGGACUGCUGCUCUCCCUGUGCCCACCACAGUGCCUGACACUGGGCAUUGGCCACAUCGAGCUACAGCAGUGUGGAAUAAAGGUUU